GACGCCUCCAAUCGUACAGUUCGGUUCAGCCAGAAGUUGGGCAGCGGUUUGGAGCCAAGCGUUGGGCCGGGGAUUAACCAACAUUAAGGAAUCGCCCCAACGAGGGAAAGAACCGGACAUCAAAGGUGGAGGAGUUGCGACUGGGUAUCUCGGACAGAAUAUCACAUCAGAUCUACACCCCACUCAGCUCCCCAGCACCUGAAUAUCAUCGGCCUGUGAACGUGGAAGGAGAGAUGCUGGUUUGUUUCACUUCAGACCCCAGGCAGUGAGGGCUGUUGCAGGGCACCAACCGUGACACAUUGGGGAGUGAGACACUGUCUACGGUGGGGAGGGGAGAAACCACUUGUGUAAGGUCAGGAACCAGCUUCAGACAAGCCAUGAAGUAGUAGGAAAUGCAGUGCAGAUUGGGAAAGAAACACCCACUAAACCUUGAGGCCUUGUGUGACACGCUGGGGGAGGUGAGCUCACCUGAUCUGUGACUGGGAACGUGAUCACCACAUCCUUGUUUCUGCACCAGUGAAACAUUCAUUCCUUUGACUGAGAUAAACUGAUAAACCAGCAAGUUCACACCAGGGAGAGACUAUCUGAAUGCAGGAAGGAGUUCACUUGUUCGUACAACCUUCAGAUGCACCAGCGAGUCCACACAGGUGAGAGGCCUUUCACCUGCGCCGAGUGCGGGAAGGGGUUCAGUCGAUCGUACAAUCUUCAGAUACACCAACGAAUUCACACCAGGGAGAGGCCCUUCAUCUGCUGUGAGUGCGGGAAGGGGUUCACUCAGUCAUAUGAGCUUCUGACACACCAACGAAUUCACUCUGGCGAGAGGCCCUUCACCUGCACCGAGUGUGGGAAGGGAUUCACUCGUUCAUAUGACCUUCUGACACACCAACGAAUUCACACUGGGGAGAGGCCGUUCAUCUGCUCUGAGUGCGGGAAGGGGUUCACUCAGUCAUCUGUCCUUCUGAGGCACCAACAAACUCACACGGGGGAGAGGCCGUUCACUUGCGCCAAGUGUGGGAAGGGGUUCACUCAGUCUUACAACCUACUGAUACACCAGCAAAUUCACACUCGGAAGAGACUGUUCACCUGCUCUGAGUGUGGGAAGGGGUUCACCCAGUCAUCAAAGCUGCUGGCUCACCAGCAAGUUCACACCGGGGAGAGUUCCUUCAACUGCUCUGAGUGUGGGAAGGGGUUCACCCAAUUGUCCAAGUUGCUGGCUCACCAGCGGGUGCACACUGCGGAGAGGUCUUUCAACUGCUCCGAGUGCGGGAAGGGGUUCAUUCGGCCGUCUGAGCUCCUGAGGCACCAGCGAAUUCACACCGGGGAGAGACCCUUCACCUGCUCCGAGUGCGGGAAGGGGUUUACUCAGUCAUACAGCUUACUGAUACACCAACAAACGCACACUCGAAAGAGACUGUUCACCUGCUCUGAUUGUGGGAAUGGAUUCACACAGUCAUCUAAGCUGCUGGCUCACCGGCGGGUUCACACCGGGGAGAAGCCGUUCACCUGCUCCGAAUGCGGGAAGGGGUUCUUUCGAUCGUCAGAGCUACUGACACACCGGCGAAUUCACACUGGGGAGAGACCCUUCACCUGCUCCGAGUGCGGGAAGGGGUUCACUCGUUCAGCUGAUCUGCUGAUUCACCAGCGAGUUCACACUGGGGAGAGACCGUUCACCUGCCCUGAAUGUGGGAAGAACUUUGCUCGAUCGUCUCACCUCUGGAGGCACCAACGAGCUCACACUAAAGGGACUGUUUAAAUGUGUGGUUCAUACGUGGGGCAUUUAAACAGGGCGGCUCUGAGACAGUGGUGAGUUCACAAGUGACUGCAGGAACUGAUUCUGCAGUUAUUGCUGCUGUUGAUCACAUCCAGGUUUGGACCCUGGUUACUGGGCACGUUUGGGUUGUUUCCCCUGGAACUGCAGGUACCCUUGUGUUCUGCAUGAAUUAUAGGAGGGCUGAUUGAUAAGUUUGUGGCCUAAGGUAGAAGGAGAUGAGUUAUACAGCUCUGGUUACAUGUAAAUGCAGUUCAACUCUUUGAGUGAUUAUGCCAAAAGUUUGAAGUUAAUAACUCAUCUCCUUCUAUCUUAGGCCACGAACUUAUCAAUCACCCCUGCUGUGGACACUUUCUGGAGGUCCAAGAUCCGUAUGCUCCACGACCGCUGGACUAAAUUGAAAAAUAGAUGUGCUAGGUUUUCUAAAAUUGACUCCUUCUACCUUAGGCCACAAACUUAUCAACCACCCCUCGUAAAUAAAUCUGUUCUGUGUGCAUGAACUGGGCCUGAGGACGAUGUGAAGAGACUUGGAGGGGAUGCGGACAAGCUGAAGGAACGGGCAAGAACGUGGCAGAUGGAGUCAAAUGUGGGAAAAUGAGAGGUCAUGAACUUCAGUGGGAUACUCCCGAUGUAAAGGGAUGAUGGGAUGUCGGAGUGCAGGAAAAGCCAUGAUCUUGCUCACUGGUGGGGGUAGCUGGGAGGGACAGAAUGGCCUUUAUCUCUGGUAAGAUGGUGACACAAAGCAGGGAGCACAACCCAGUGAGGGUCCAGCAGCCGUGAAUCGAUGGUCUGCAUCGCCCGAUGCCGGGUCUCGACCUGAAACGUCAACUUCUACCUUUUGCCUCCACAGACGAUGCUCGACCCGCUGAACUCUUUCGGCGUUCACUAUGUGGUUCACUUGGGAAAGUGGGCAAAGGAUUGGCAGGGCGGGGAGGGGUGGAGGUUAUCCAGGGCCGGACUUGCACAGUGGAUGGCAGUGUCCUGGGGAGCAUUGGAGAACAGAGUGACCUCUAUGUAUGGAUUUUGCAGACAGUGGCAUCGUGGGUUGAUGGCGGGGGGGGCGGGGUGAAUGCGUUUCACACAUUAACCCUCAGCGGUCAGGGGAUUGAGCGCACGAGUCAGGGGAGUUGCACUUGCACAAGAUAUGGGUGAGACCACACGUGGUAUUUAUGUACAAUUCUGGUCAUAAAACUGUGGAAGGAUAAUUUUAAGAAGGCAAAGGUGCAAAGUAGAUUCAGAAGCUGACACCAGGACUGGAAGGCUUGAGUUAUAAAGAGAGACAGGAUGGAACGUAGAACACGACAGGCUGUUUGGCCCACAAUGUGCUGGCAUUUUAAGCUACUCUAAGGUCAAUCUAAUCCUUCCCUCCUACAUAGCCCUGCGUUUUUCUAUCAUCCAUGUGCCUAUCUAAGAGUUUCUUAAAUUCCCAUAAUGUAUCAGGGUAGGGGAGUGUAAAACCAGAGGGCAUUUGUUUCAGGUGAGACAAAGAAGGAUUGAAGUAGCUCAUUAGGGGCAAGUUUUUCACACAGAGGGUGGUGGGUGUCUGGCUCACAAUGUAGAGGAAGUGGGAGAAUCAAGUCAAGUCACUUUUUAUUGUCAUUUUGACCAUAACUGCUGGUACAGUACAUAGUAAGAACGAGACAACGUUUUCCAGGACCAUGGUGCUACAUGAACAAUACAAAAACUACACUGAACUAUGUAAAACAACACAAAAACUACACUAGACUGCAGACCUACCCAGGACUGCAUAAAGUGCACAAAACAGUGCAGGCAUUACGAUAAAUAACAAACAAGACAAUAGGCACAGUAGAGGACGUUAGGUUGGUGUCAAGCCAGGCUCUGGGUAUUGAGGAGUCUGAUGGCUUGUGGGGAAGAAACCGUUACAUAGUCUGGUCGUGACAGCCCGAAUGCUUCGGUGCCUUUUGCCAGAUGGCAGGAGGGAGAAGAGUUUGUAUGAGGGGUGCAUGGGGUCCUUCAUAAUGCUGUUUGCUUUGCGGAUGCAGUGUGUGGUGUAAUUGUCUGUAAUGGCGGGAAGAGAGACCCCGAUGAUCUUCUCAGCUGACCUCACUGUCCGCUGCAGGGUCUUGCGAUCCGAGAUGGUGCAAUUUCCAAACCAGGUUGUGAUGCAGCUGCUCAGGAUGCUCUCAAUACAACCUCUGUAGAAUGUGGGGAGCAGGGGGGGUGAGAGAUGGACUUUUCUCAGCCUUCACAGAAAGUAGAGACGCUGCUGGGCUUUCUUUGCUAUGGAGCUGGUGGUGGGGGACCAGGUGAGAUUCUCCGCCAGGUGAACACCAAGGAAUUUGAUGCUCUUAAAGAUCUCUACGGAGGAGUCGUCGAUGUUCAGCGGAGAGUGAUUGUUCCAUGUCCUCCUGAAGUCAACAACCGUCUCUUUUGUUCACAUUCAGAGACAGGUUGUUGGUUGCAGGCAGGGACAUUAACAGUGUCAGAAAGACAUUGGAACAGUUUCAUGGACAGGAUAGGUUUAGAGGGAUAUGGGCCAGAUGUUCGUAAAUUGGAUGAGUCACUCUGGAGCAGUUGGGCCCAAGGACUUGUCACAGUGCCUUAUAACUCAGACUCAGACUCUAUCUACUGUCUCUCGUGUCUUCUUCACACGACCCACUGGGAUGGGCACUGAUGAAGGCUUGGGAAGGGCGUCACCCUGAUAUUGAUGUGGUAGGCACACACCCUCCCCCACCCCCGCUGGCCUGAUCCUGACCUCUCACAGACCAGCUGGCCUUCAGUACCUGGGCUCGUUGUGUUUUAUCCCCUGCUCUGACCCCCCCCCCCCACAAUACCCUGCAGUGGUGGGGUGGGGACACUCACAGCUCAGGACAAUGUUGGGGGGGGGUGCUGACGUUUCAAAAGACUGUGGUAUUAUAAUCAUGGUGAUUGCACUUUGUUUUACACCUGAGUUCUACCUGGGUGUCCUUGCUGGAUGAGCCCUCUCUACCAUAACAGUCUCCAUAAUCAUGCCUAGUGGUCCAUAAUUCCCAGGGCUCUCUUCCAGCCUUCUUUAAUAAAGGUACAACAUUAGCCACCCUAUUGUCUUCCUGAUCUCACCCGUCACAACUCACCUCAGCCAAAUUCUUUUCUAGCUUCCUACCUACCUGACCAUGUUCUGGAGAUUUAUCUGCCUCGACAGACUCUAUGACACUCAGCACAUCCUCUGGUGUAAUGUGGACUGUCCCUCUGACCGCAGGCUCAUCCUGAGUUAGCUGUUACUGUGAAUACAAGCUAACAGCAACAUAACUCAACAAUGCAUGGAGUAACAACGGAGAGGCCAUUUCCAAUAAAUAAACAUGUCUAGGCUAAAGAUUUCCAGCAUCUUUUCUCUUGUUUGUGAUGUCUAGGGUAAAUAUGAUUCGAGUAAACACAAACAGAAAAGUUUAAAUGUCCCUUCAAGGGAAAGUAGGACUAUUACCUAUAUGAAUACUGACACACCCAUGCAAAUUUACUGUCCACCAGGAAGCAAUAAUAUAACUCACAGCAGUAUAAAAUAAAUUGAAAUUGUAUUGACAAACUAGUUAUAGUCAUAGUCAUAGUCAAACUUUAUUGAUCCCGGGGGAAAUUGGUUUUCAUUACAGUUGCACCAUAAAUAAUAAAUAGUAAUAAAACCAUAAAUAGUUAAAUAGUAAUAUGUAAAUUAUGCCAGGAAAUAAGUCCAGGACCAGCCUAUUGGCUCAGGAUGUCUGACCUUCCAAGGGAGGAGUUGUAAAGUUUGAUGGCCACAGGCAGGAAUGACUUCCUAUCACGCUCUGUGUUGCAUCUCGGUGGAAUGAGUCUCUGGCUGAAUGUACUCCUGUGCCCAACCAGUACAUUAUGUAGUGGAUGGGAGACAUUGUUCAAGAUGGCAUGCAACUUGGACAGCAUCCUCUUUUCAGACACCACCGUCAGAGAGUCCAGUUCCAUCCCCACAACAUCACUGGCCUUAUGAAUGAGUUUGUUGAUUCUGUUGGUGUCUGCUACCCUCAGCCUGCUGCCCCAGCACACAACAGCAAACAUGAUCCCACUGGCCACCACAGACUCGUAGAACAUCCUCAGCAUUGUCCGGCAGAUGUUAAAGGACCUCAGUCUCCUCAGGAAAUAGAGACGGCUCUGACCCUUCUUGUAGACAGCCUCAGUGUUCUUUGACCAGUCCAGUUUAUUGUCAAUUCAUAUCCCCAGGUAUCUGUAAUCCUCCACCAUGUUCUACACUGACCCCCUGGAUGGAAACAGGGGUUGCCGGUACCUUAGCUCUCCAGGUCUACCACCAGCUCCUUAGUCUUUUUCACAUUAAGUUGCAGAUAAUUCUGCUCACACCACGUUACAAAGUUUCCUACCGUAGCCCUGUACUCAGCCUCAUCUCCCUAUAACAAACACAAUAAUACUAUAUAAUACAAAAUAAAGAAAAGGGGCCCAUUAUAUAUUUAAAAAUAUUAGACUAUAGUGUGCACGUAAUCGUUGGAGCACAUUGCUGCGUGAUCAAUCCGGUUUGCUUCACUUCAUUUACUCACCAUACUAAAACAGUUCUGUACUGAGGAACCAGUCCCAGGAAACAAAUAUUCAUGCAACAUUCAAGGAAAAGGCAUCAAGCUUUCUCCAAAGUUGUGUGCUAACUAGCUGACUAAAAAUAGUAUGCACAUUCUCUGUGAGACCAUUGACUGAAUGAGGAUUUUCCCACAUCAGUAUCAACCCUUUCAAAAGAGUUCUGUGAAUGUUUCACCAUGUUUGGUGUCCAUUUCCAUUUUCCUUCUUUCUCCUCUCUUGAUCCCACACAGCUCCGCACAAAUAUGUCUUCUUUAGUCUUGGAGGGGCCCUAUUCUCGAAAUGUCGACUGUCUAUUCCUCUCCAGGGAUGGUGCCUGACCUGCUGAGUUCCUCCAGCAUUUAUGUGUUUCUCUAAGUACUCAUUUCCCCUUCUCUGGAUGUUUCAUAAUCUUCUCUGGCAAAGCUAUCUUUGUGCCCACUUUUUGCCUUUCUGAUUUCCACCGUGAGUCCCCUCCUGCAUCCCCUAUAGUCCUCUAGGGAUUCACUUAUUCCCAGCUGCCUGUACUUGAUGCUUGCCUGCUCCUUUCUACCGACUAGAGCCUCAAUCCAUCGUUAUGUACGGCAACACACACAAAAUGCUGCAGGACUCAAGGUCAGCAGCAUCUAUGGAGAGGAAUAAACGUGAUGUUUUGGGUCGAUACCUUCAUCUGGACUAGAAAGGACGGGGGAAGAAGCCAGAAUAAAAGAUGGGGGGAGGGAGAGGUCUACCAGCUGGCAGGUGAGGGGGAGAGGGAAGAUGGUGAGAAGGUGGGAAGUGAUAUGUGGAAAACGUAAAGAGCUGAGGAGGAGGAAUUGGAUAGGAGAGCAGAGUGGACCAUGGGAGAAAGGGAAGGAGGGGCACAAAAUGGGCAGGUAGGCAGUAGGGUUAAGAGAGGAGCCAGAAUGGGGAAUGGAAAGAGAAGGGGAGGGAGGGAGAAAUUACUGCAAGUUAGAGAAAGCAGUGUUCAUGCUGUCAAUUUGGAAGGACUCAGGAAUAUGAGAUGUUGCUCCUCCAGUCUUGUGGUGGUCUCAUUGACCUUCUCCUGCCUCCCUUGCCUUUCACUUUAAGAGGAAUAUGCAGACAAAGAACUCUUGAUUAAAAGCUCGAACUUUUUCCAGGCACACCUUUCCCCGCAAACAAUCUAUCCCAAUCAGUUGACCCGGCAGCAUUUAUGGAAAAGAGUACAUUUGAGCCAAGACCCUUCAUCAUGACUGGAGAAAACAGAUGAGGAGUCAGAGUAAGAAGGUUGGGAGGGGAGGGGAGGAAGAACCACAAGGAAAAAGAUAGAGGGCUAUCCAUCAAGGAUUGGUUUCACCAAUCAACGUCCCAGCUCUUUACUUCACCCCUCCCCCUCCCAGUUUCACCUUUCACCUUGUGUUUAUUCCUCCACUCCCUCCAACUUCUUACUCUGACUCAUCUUUUUUUCUCUGGUCUUGAUGAAGAGCUUUGGCCUGCUGAGUUCCUCCAACAUUUUGUGCGUGUUGCUUGGAUUUCCAGCAUCUGCAGAUUUUCUCUUGUUUAUCCCGAUAAGUUCUUGUCUAAUCUGCUGAGUGUAGGGUGGCACGGUAGUGAAGGAAAUAGUGUUAACACUAUUAGAGUGCCAGAAACUUGGGUUCAACUCCCACCACUGUAAGGAGUCUGUACCUUCUCCUGUGACCACGUGGGUUUGUUCCAGGUGCUCUCGUUCCCACCAACAUUUCAACAACUUACGGGUUUGAGGGUUAAUUUGGACCGGAAUGGUCUGUUGCAGUGCUGUAUCUCUAAAUAAACAUAAAACAAUAUUUUCCAACAUUUUGUGUUAUCAUUCCAGAUUCCUGUUGUAAUUUGUAGAUGUGACACUACCGGACAAUAGUCAUUAAGGCAGCUCACCCUGCUCUUCUUGGACACGAGUAAAUUGUUGUUCUUUUGAAGCAGGAGGGAACUUCUGACUGUAGCAAUGAGAAAUUGGAAAGUCUUUGAACACACCUGCCAGCCGGUUGGCACAGGAGUUCAGAGCCCUACCUAUCGCCUUGCGAGACUUCGCCCUCUUGAAAGACAAUCUGACAUUGGCCUCCCAGACAGAGAUGACAGGGACACUGGGAACUGCAGAGAUCCUCAUAGCUGUAGUUUUAUUCUUUUUUUUUCAAAGUGGGCAUAAAAGGCAUUGAGCUCAUCUGGGAGCGAAGC